AUGGAAGGUCUUAAAGCUGCAUUCGCAAAGUGCAAGGCCGAAGGCAGAAAUGCCUUGGUCGCCUACGUUACCGCUGGAUACCCUACCGUCGAACUUUCGGUCCCUAUCCUCCAGGCUUUACAGGCCGGAGGUGCCGACGUUAUUGAACUUGGUUUGCCAUUCACCGACCCAAUUGGCGAUGGCCCGACAAUCCAAGGCUCCAAUACCAUCGCCUUACAAAACAAUGUCAACGUUCCUACCGUCCUUAGCAUUACGAAACAAGCCCGAGCCGCUGGAGUCACGGUACCAAUCGUCAUGAUGGGAUACUAUAACCCCAUGCUCAUCUACGGCGAGGAGAGGUUAAUAAAGGAUUGUGCUGAAGCAGGUAUCAAUGGCUUCAUCGUGGUUGAUCUGCCGCCAGAGACGGAGGCUCUGCAGUUCAGAGAUCACUGCGUUAAGGGAGGUUUGAGUUACGUCCCACUUGUAGCACCCUCGACCUCAGAGGCCAGGUUGAGGAAGCUCUGCAGCAUCGCAGACAGUUUCAUUUACUUGGUUUCUCGUAUGGGUGUUACUGGCGCCACCGGUAAGCUUAAUGAUGACCUACCAGAUUUAAUCAAGAGGGUCAAACAAGCUUCUGGAAAUAAGCCAAUCGCUGUCGGGUUCGGUGUGAGCACCCGAGCACACUUCCAGCUUGUUGGCGCCGCCGCCGAAGGUGUAGUUAUCGGCAGUCAGAUCGUGAAUGUCAUUCGCGAAAAUCCAGGAAAUGAGACUUUGGCUCUUAGGAAAUACCUGUACGAAGUCCUCGGAAGAUCGGAUUUGGGUGACCUUUCGAAACCAAAUGGCGAGAAUGUUACCUUUGCGAACGGAGAGAAUAGAGCUGUUGAUGGGUCGAAGGUUACGGUCGACGGUGUCAUCAGAGAGGGCCCGUAUGGUACCGAGCCCGGUCUUGCCGACCAGAUCGAAGCGCUCAACAUGGAACACCCACCCCACCCCGAGGCAAGAUAUUCUAUUCUUCCCUCGAAAAUCGGCGAAUUCGGUGGCCAAUACGUUCCUGAAAGCUUGAUGGAUUGUCUUAUUGAGCUUGAAAGGGGAUUUGACGAAGCCGUCAAGGACCCUGAAUUCUGGAAAGAAUUCGAAUCCUACUACCCUUACAUGGGUAGACCAGGGCAUUUACAUCUUGCACCAAGGCUCACUGAGCACGCUGGUGGUGCCGAUAUCUAUCUCAAGCGUGAGGAUCUGAACCAUACUGGAUCCCAUAAGAUAAAUAAUGCCCUUGGUCAAAUGCUCCUUGCUAAACGUUUGGGCAAAACGAGAGUUAUUGCCGAAACAGGAGCUGGCCAGCAUGGUGUUGCUACUGCCACUGUAGCUGCCAAGUUUGGAAUGAAGUGCACUGUCUACAUGGGCGCUGAGGACUGCAGAAGACAAGCUUUGAAUGUCUUUAGAAUGAAGUUGCUCGGUGCUGAGGUCAUUGCCGUUGAGGCUGGUACAAGAACCUUGCGAGACGCUGUCAACGAGGCCCUAAGAGCCUGGGUUGUGGAUCUUGAUAGUACACAUUAUAUUAUCGGGUCUGCUAUCGGGCCACAUCCUUUCCCCACGAUUGUCAGAACCUUCCAAAGCGUUAUUGGUCGUGAGACUAGGGAGGGUAUGAUUAAACUUACUGGCAGACUCCCAGACGCUGUCGUCGCUUGCGUCGGUGGCGGCAGUAACUGUGUCGGCAUGUUCUACCCAUUCCAGGAUGAUAAGGAGGUCCAACUUUUGGGAGUUGAAGCGGGUGGUCAUGGUGUAGAUACCAUGAUGCACAGCGCCACUUUGGUAGCUGGACAGAAGGGUGUCUUGCAUGGUGUUCGAACUUAUAUUUUGCAAGACGAACACGGGCAGGUUCUCGACACUCACUCCGUUUCCGCUGGAUUGGAUUAUCCCGGAGUGGGUCCACAACUCUCGCAAUGGAAGGAUGAUGGAAGAGCAGAGUUCAUUGCCGCAAAUGACGAGGAUGCAUUCGAGGGCUUUAGAAGAUUGUCACAGACUGAAGGCAUCAUUCCAGCUCUUGAAUCUUCCCACGCUGUUUGGGGAGCUAUGGAACUGGCAAAGAAGCUAGGCAAGGGAAAGAAUAUUGUCAUCUGUUUGUCAGGAAGAGGUGAUAAAGAUGUCCAAAGCGUCGCCGAAGAAUUGCCAAAUCUUGGUCCUAAGAUUGGAUGGGACCUCAGGUUCUAA